AAUCUCAUAUCUCCAUCAAUCCAUUUAUUUUACCGAAAACUUUACAGAAACCAUGGUAGUUUUAUCUCAACUUUUACUAGACCAGAUUGUAAUCAAAACAUGCAAACCAAUUAACAAUCCCACCACCUUUUCACCAUCAAUUAUUCCCACCAUUGAUUUAUGUAAUCCUGAUGCAAAAUCAAUGGUUGUUAAAGCUUGUAAAGAAUUUGGGUUCUUUAAAGUUAAAAAUCAUGGUGUUCCUAUACAAAUGAUGGCUGAUUUAGAAGAUGAAGCUCGUAAAUUCUUUAGUUUGCCCCAAAUUAAUAAGGAAAGUGCUGGGUUUCCCAACCCAUUUGGGUAUGGUAAUAAGAAUAUUGGGCGUAAUGGGGAUAUUGGAUGGGUUGAAUACCUUCUUCUUUCGGCUUCUCCUGAUUUUAUCGCUCAAAUUUGUCUUGCCAUUUUCCCUGAAAAUCCUGAUGUAUUUAGGUAUGCAAUAGUAAAUUAUAUAGGAAAAAUGAAGAAAAUGGCGGUGCAAAUAUUAGAAAUGAUAGCAGAAGGAUUAAAUGUAGGGAGAGAAGGGAAAAAUGUGUUGAGUAAAAUGAUAAAAGAUGAAAAAAGUGACUCAUAUUUUAGGCUAAACCAUUAUCCACCAAGACCAGAUCCAGAUGAAGGUUUGUUGGGAUUUGGUGAACAUACGGAUCCUCAAAUUAUAUCAAUUUUACGCUCAAAUAAUACUGCUGGUUUACAAAUUUCUGCUCAAGAUGGUACUUGGCUCUCUGUUCCACCUGAUGAUCAUUCCUUUUUUAUUCUUGUUGGUGACUGUUUGCAGGUGAUGACUAAUGGAAGGUUUAAGAGUGUAAAACACAGGGUAUUAGCCGACAACAAAAAAUCAAGAAUAUCAAUGAUCUUCUUUGCAGGGCCUCCUUUGUGUGAAAAGAUAACGCCUUUAUCUUGUAUUAUGAAUCCUGGUGAAGAAAGCUUGUACGAGGAUUUCACUUGGUGGGAUUAUAAAAAAUCUGCUUACCAAUCUAGAUUAAGUGAUGAUCGCCUUUCACGUUUUGUAAAGAGAAAUCCUAUGCCCUAAUUUUUUCGUAACAAUAUUUCAGUUUGUUGGUUACACUUUAACCAAAAAAUUAAGUUUCAGUUUGUUGGUUAUAGUUUAACCAGACAGAACGAGAAUUAUUAUGUAUAAUUAGCAACAUGUUGACCCUUAAAUAGUUAAAAGUCAACCACUUUGGUAAAUGUUAAAUAUACGAGUUAUUUAGUCUAUUUUCGCCUGUAUUAAUAUGUAGAAAAAGUUUAAUGUAUGAAGUAUGUUUGAGUUUUCGAAAUUUA